AUGAGAGGGCACACAGUCCUUGCUCUUCUGGUAUGCCUGAUAGGAACUUCCAUUGGAUUCCUUGUAAAUGGACCGGCGCACGCCUCCUGCAAAGCCACCUGGACGUUUGGGAAAAGUUGUGAUUCCGUGCUGUCGAUGCUACUGGCACAAGUACAGGCGUGGAGCGGCCCAGAUAACUGUAGGUCUGGUCCUAUCAACGAGAAGUGCCUCUAUGUGUUGAAAAGUAACAGCGGCGGCGUUGUUAAGCUUACGCACGAGACGCCACUGAAACAUUAUAUCGACGACAUAAUAUUUACACUCACCGAUGGAAACAGAACGUCGACUGGGGGGCACUGUACUGUUGCGGGUGUGUCUAGGGCAGAGACUUGGUACGCUGUGCUCGAUUACGGAACAAAUUACUGUAAUAUGUAUAAUCUCCUGGAAGGUUCCCAGCUUACACAGCUGGCAGGAUACACAGAGACCACAAGUGACUCUAUCUGCACUCAACACUCCUCCGCCAAUUGUACACGAUAUUGA